UACACAUACAAAUCAAUCAUCAUCCUCCCAAACAAUAAACCAAUAAAGCGGGAGGGAAUUUAAAUAUCAUAUUCCCAAAAAUUACAUGUUUUUCUCCAUAGUUGUUUCCUAGGAUUAAAACAAAAAAACAACAAUUAGAAAAAGAGACAAAAAAAAAAAGGGAAGAAAGAAAAAAGUGAAACAAAUACAAAAUGGCCGCAGGAAAAAUCCUUGUGUCCGGUGUUUCCCUCAUCCUGGUUGUGGGUGUUGCCAUCGGAGUAGUUGUCGUCGUGAACAACAAGAGUAGCGAUCCUUCAUUAGCAGAACACCAAAGGACUGUGACUUCAAUGUGCCAGGGGACCGAUGAUCCUCAGCUUUGCCAAGACACGCUCAAGGAUGUUAAAUCCUCAGGGUCGGAUCCUAAGGCCUACAUUGCGGCCUCGGUGGAAGCAACCACUAAGAGCGUGAUUCAGGCUUUGAAUAUGAGUGAUCGACUCUCAGUGGAUCAUGGCAGUCAAAGCCCGGGCAUCAAGAUGGCCCUUGAUGACUGUAAAGAUUUGUUGGAAUUUGCCCUAGAUAGCCUGGAGGCAUCAGCAAAUUUGGUCCGAGAUAACAACAUUCAAGCUGUUCAUGAUCAGACGCCUGAUUUCAGGAACUGGCUGAGUGCUGUUAUCUCGUACCAACAAUCUUGCAUGGAAGGUUUUGACGACUCGCAAGACGGCGAGGCCAAAGUGAAAGAGCAGUUGCAUACUCAAAGCUUGGACCAGAUGGGGAAACUCACUGCGAUCACGCUUGAUAUUGUCACCGAUUUGUCUAAGAUCCUUGAAACUUUUGGGUUGAAAUUGGAUUUGAAACCUGCCUCUCGCCGCCUCAUGGAGGCAACCGAUAACAAUGUGGAUGCAGAAGGGUUCCCAGGUUGGAUGUCUGCAGCGGAUAGGAAGCUCAUGGGAAAUGGCGGCGGCGGCGGAGGUGGCAACGGUGCACCAAAUGCGGUGGUUGCUCAAGAUGGAAGUGGUCAAUUUAGGACCAUUAAGGAUGCUAUUAACUCAUAUCCUAAUGGCUUCAAAGGAAGAUACAUUAUCUAUGUUAAGGCUGGGGUUUACAACGAGUAUAUUAUCAUUCCAAAGACUGCAGCGAAUAUUCUUAUGUACGGUGAUGGCCCAACAAGGACUAUUGUCACUGGUCACAAGAACUUUGUAGAUGGUGUCAAGACAAUGCAGACUGCAACCUUCGCGAACACAGCGCCUGGGUUCAUCGCAAAGUCAAUGGCAUUCGAAAACACCGCAGGUUGGGCAAAACACCAAGCAGUGGCGUUCCGAAACCAAGGAGACAUGUCCGCUUUCUUCGACGUCGCCCUGCAUGGUUACCAAGACACCCUCUACGUCCAAGCCAACCGUCAAUUCUUCCGAAACUGCGAGAUCUCCGGCACCAUCGACUUCAUCUUCGGCGCAUCCGCCACCAUAAUCCAAAACUCCAGGAUCAUAGUUCGGAAGCCAGGUCCCAACCAAUUCAACACCGUCACGGCCGACGGCACGGCGCAAAAGAACAUGGCAACAGGGAUCGUUAUCCAGAACUGCGAGAUCAUGCCGGAGAGGGAACUCUUCCCCGACAGACUCUCAGUGAAAUCUUACCUUGGUAGGCCAUGGAAACAGUAUGCAAAGACAGUGGUUAUGGAGUCGAAUUUGGGUGACCUUUUCUCACCUGAUGGAUGGGCUCCUUGGGCUGGAUCCCAGUUUCUUAAUACCUUGUACUAUGCUGAGUACAACAACGUUGGACCCAGUGCUAAUGUUCAAGGAAGGGUUAAAUGGAAAGGUUACCACCCAAACAUUGAUAGGAACCAAGCUGCGGCAUUCACUGUUGGACAGUUUCUCAAAGCGGGACCCACUGGUACUGCUGAUGAUUGGUUGAGGGCAACUGGCAUUCCAUUUACCGUUGGCUUUACAAGGGCUUAAAAAUCACUACUCUCAAUGUUGGAAGAGAUUUAUAAUGUUAUUUGUACACUUAAAUGGGUGUUUAUCGGUUAAAAUUUAGCGAAGAAAAUUCAAUAGAUAAACGUAAAUAGAAGUUAAGUUCUUAUUAAUGGUUGUAAAUCAACUGUACAAAUGUAAAUCACCAAUUUAUGUGUUCAAAUAUCAUUCUUUCCUGUUCAAAUCGGUGGAUGCAUGGUGUUAUGUCAAUGCAUGGUGAGAUAUGGUCGCAAAUGGUGGUUAUUCUGUUCUUUGCAAAUAAAUAAAACAUAAAAGAGUUUCUGGGGACG